AUGUCCGUCGGCAUCUGUGCCGCUUGCUGCUGCGGCUGGCUGCUGCGGCUGGCUGCCGCGGCUGGCUGCCGCGGCUGGCUGCUGCGGCUGGCUGCUGCGGCUUGCUCCUGCGGCUGGCUGCUGCGGCACCUGGCCGUGACCGGGUACUUCAGCCCGCUGACCCUGGCCGAGGAGGAGGUUUGGCACGACUACGGGCUAGCGCUGUGGCACGUGGGCAGGCGCGAGGAGGCGGUCCAGAAUUUCCAGAACGCCAUCACGACGAACCCCGCGUUUCCCAAGGGCUACAACAACCUCGGCUGUGCCUUGGUCCUGCUCGGCCUCUCAGCGACGCCGGCCAACGCACAGACCGUGCAGCAGGGGCUGCAGGCAAUGGAGCAGGCCAUCAGCUUGCUGCCCAGUACUUCUCCACGGUUGCGGCCAAAAGUGGAUUUCCUCAAGAAAACGAGCGGUGCGAGGCGGAAUGGGAUGAACGGCGACGAGAUGAUUUCCACAUGCAGCGACGGCUUCGUCAAAAGGUUGGAGGACAAACGCGUGACACUUGUUGAGCAUCAGCUCCACGAUGAGAAGGGCAAUGUGCUCGAGGAUAUCCAGAUCAGGUGGGAGAAGAAGGCAGUGGCGUUGAAAGGUAAUCGGGCCGCCUGGGUAGAAGACGGCGCCAUGAAGUACGACGGGGAAGGGCUCUAG